CCUCGGUACAGUGACCUGUGAUGAAGGAAUUAUUCAUCCAUCAACCCUGUCUUCAUCUUUAUUGAAUCUAUCAUCACUAUAGUGUCCUAUCAAGCUUCCACUCUGCGAUGCGUCGCAAGAGCUUACAACCUCGUGGAUGGAAGCUCCGCGCGUUGUCCUCUUGGUAGUCUUACUUCUCUUUGUCUUUCUCACCCCCGAACAGCCUGCACGACGACAAUUCCGAUUUGACACCACCAAUGUUGAAGAACAGCGGCAGGUGGAGCUUGACGUCUUGACCAACUCUUCUUACGGCCAACUCAAUCCGGAAAAGGAUCAAUGGCUUAAUCUCACGGGCUUCCGAGAAGGAGAUGGCUACCAAUGGGAGUUACUCUCGCGUGUCCAGGAAUUCAGCAAGCAGCAAUUCGAGACUGCCUGGAAGGGCGCAGACCUCAACGAUGAAUUGCCACUCUACGACAAAGUCACUGGAGAGAUCCGUGGCAAGUUCUCCAGAAUGGAGACUUCUCUACCACCGCGACCAAUUAACCUGACUGCCAUUGAUCCGAAGCGGGAGUACAUGUUGACCUUCUUCGAGAGAAACAUCACCGAGAAAGAAGGCGAGGUCAGCUUCUCUCUGUACGAUUCGAAAGACCGCGAUGCACGCAACGCCUCAGCCAUCAAGGCUGAUAUUUCCCUUUGGACGGAUGAUUCACCUGGGAACGGAUGGCAGGCGAAGCUCCAAGGAGUCCAUUUCCCCUCUGGCCAGAUCAUCAUGUCUACCUCCAGCUCAAAAUUCGACUCCUUCCCUGCUUUUCCUCAUUUUGCGCUUGAUGCCGAUGGUUUCGACGCCUCGAGGAUUAUUAUGAAUGAGACCUUGCAUGAAAAAUGGCAGAAGACUUUCGAAGACCUGUCCGAUGGUAUAGCAUUUGCACCUCAAUGCGAACUGAUCGUGUGGCUGCAGCCUUUGCGUCAGCAGUUCGGAGGACUGGACGACAGUCAAAUCCACAGAUUCCUGCAUCAGGUCGAACUGGAGCUUCAACAGCCUGAGGGUGCGCCUAUCGGUCAGCCUCCACUCCUUACAUAUUCCGCCAACAUCUUUUCUCCGGAUUGUGGCUACAUACUUUCAUCUGACACGAUUGCCGGACCCAAGGUCGAAGUAUACUGGGCACUGGCACAACGCUUGGUUUUCUCCUUUAUCAUGACCUUGGGACUUCAAAUCGCCCUAUUGAAGCGUCAGAUGGAGAAAGCGGCAACUCCCUCGACUCGCAGUCGAAUAGCAUAUCAAAGCCUUGUUAUUGCUGCAUUGGGAGACGGCUUGGUUUUGUUCGUUCUAAUCGCAUUGCUUAUGAUCGAUGAAGCAGCUUUCCUAGUUGUUGCUGCAGCUGCAUUCCUCGCUUGCAUCCAUGUUGCUUUUCUGGAGGUCAAAUUUGUCUUCGAUAUAUGGACCGUGCAAGUCGGUGACCCUGCACGCGCGGAGAUGGAGAGACAAAGGCGACACCCGCAGAACCCGACUCCUGCUCCUGGCACAACACCGGCCCCUCCUCCAGCCACGAGUGCCGACGGUACAGUAGGUCUGCCGCUUCCUGCUACCGCUCCACGCCCGGAAGGUGCCACGCCAAUAGCUAUCCCAUUCGACCAGGAUACCACAAUUCAGAUGCCCAUACCAAGCGCAAGGGCAUCCUUUGCAGCGAUCUACAGCCGAUUCUACUUCUCACUCGUCAUACUCAUGUUUUUCUCUCUUUGGUCAAUGUCCUGGCCUCGGAGCUUACGAUCAGCAUACGCAAACAUCCUUGUUUUCUGCUACUUCUCAUUCUGGUGGCCCCAAAUCUAUCGCAACACGAUACGCAACUGUCGGAAAGCCCUUAGUUGGGAAUACGUUGUCGGUUCCAGCAUUCUCCGAGCCGUGCCAAUUCUUUAUUGGUAUUUUGUCGAUCAUAACAUCCUCUCAAUUGAUACGAGCCCAAUCACGGCUUUCAUCUUACUGGCUUGGUUAUGGCUUCAAGUCAGUAUUCUGGCAAGCCAACAAUUUCUCGGUCCGCGUCUACUCGUACGCGACUCCUGGUGUCCGCCUGCCUACGACUAUCAUCCCGUCCUCCGCGAUGACGACAUCGAGGCGAAUGGCAUGUCGAUUGGCUUACUGGCCUCCGCAUCCGAAGCGAAAGACAAAGACGACAAGACGAGAAAGGUGUUUGACUGCGCCAUUUGCAUGAACGAAAUUGAUGUUCCUGUGCUGUCUAAAGGCGAUAGCAGUGGAGGAGGCACGGCUUGGUUGGAGCAGAGAAACUACAUGGUAACGCCUUGUCGGCAUAUCUUCCACGCAGAAUGUCUCGAAGGUUGGAUGAACCUCAGACUUGUUUGCCCGGUUUGUCGAGAAGCAUUACCGCCAUUGUAAAUAUGCGGAGAGAGAUAUUUUAUAUGGGCAGAUAAUGACUAUUACUGAUACU